AUGUUGGAGGCGAAGUUGAAUCCCGAAGUCAUCGGUUACAACGCGGGGAUUAUCGCGUGUCAGAAGGGCGAGCAGUGGCAGCGGGUACUGGCGCUUCUCGGCGAUAUGCUGGGUGCGAAGGUGGAGCCCGACGUCACCAUCAGCUACAACGCUGGGAUCAGCGCCUGCGAGAAAGACGAGCAGUGGCAGCAGGCUAUGUCGCUGCUCUGUGACAUGCAGGAAGCGAAGUUGGAGCCCGACGUGAUCAGCUACAGCGCUGGGAUCAGCGCGUGCGGGAAGGGCUCGCAAUGGCGGCUGGCUUUGGCGCUGCUGCGAGAGAUGCGGGAGGCGAAGCGGGAGCCCGACCUCCUACAGCUCUGCCAUCAGCGCGUGCGAGAAGGGCAAGCAGUGGCAGCGGACUCUGUCGCUGCUCACCGAGACGUCUGA